CCUGGGACCGGGAGUUUGCACGACUUCGUAGAUGUGACGCCAUCCGUCUGCGACCGCGCGGUUCUGGAGGUUACGCUGGGUGGCCUCUCUCCGGUUUGAAGCCCUAGGGCAGUUCCUUGUCGUCUGCGGCCUCUGACCUGGGAGCAAAGAGAAAAGCGGCGAGAUGACGGACCGCUACACCAUCCACAGCCAGCUAGAGCAUCUGCAGUCCAAGUACAUUGGCACCGGCCACGCCGACACCACCAAGUGGGAGUGGCUGGUGAACCAGCACCGCGACUCCUACUGCUCCUACAUGGGCCACUUCGACCUUCUCAACUACUUCGCCAUUGCCGAGAAUGAGAGCAAAGCGCGAGUCCGCUUCAACUUGAUGGAGAAGAUGCUGCAGCCUUGCGGCCCGCCAGCCGACAAGCCGGAGGAGAACUGAGACCCCGCCGUGUCACCGCUGUAUGUGAGCACCUCUCCCUGAGUUCCGCCGGUUUGCCGUCAUUCCCGCGUGUUCCUCCCCCAAGGGGACUGAUUUUCCAUGGCUCUGCUUCUCGUGCUUUACUUGUGCAGAGGUGCUUACUGGGGGCGUCCCGCCUGACCUGCCUUCCUGUGGACCCUGUUUUCUUGUGGAACACAGCGUUGGGAGACCGUCAGGGCUCCUGAGAACUGUUACAGGACCGUGGAGAGAGCCUAAAGCCAGCAAACGUUAGAGAAGACGGCACUGGAGUGAGACGGGAUUUAGAGGCUCGUUUCCGGCUAGUUGAUUAUCGUUGUUGUUUUUUCCAUAAAGUUUGGAAAUGUUUCAGUC